ACAGUUUCUUUCUACCGCUCUCAUUUUCCGGGAAAACAUACAACAGAGAGAGAGAAAAUGUUUGCAUACGAUCGCGUAAGCCACUCGAGUGCCAACAAGGCGGAUGAGAUAGAUCUAGAAUCAGGGGAGACUUUGUACCCGGGACUCAGCUACGGCGAGAACCAACUCCGGUGGGGUUUUAUCCGCAAGGUUUACGGCAUCUUGGCAGCGCAGUUGGUUCUAACCACCGUGGUCUCCGCCUUCGUGGUUCUUUCGGCUCCGGUCAACGAGCUCCUUCGUGGAAAUUCUGGCCUCUUGCUCUUCCUCUGUUUAAUCCCCUUCGUCUUGUUGUGGCCCUUGCAUGUCUAUCACCAAAAGCACCCUGUGAACUUGGUUAUCCUCGGCCUCUUCACCGUGUCAUUGAGUCUCACAGUUGGUGUGAGCUGUGCAAAUACCGAUGGAAGAAUCGUGCUUGAAGCGCUAAUUUUGACAGCUGCUGUGGUUGCAUCUCUUACUGGCUACACUUUCUGGGCAUCGAAGAAGGGCAAGGACUUCAGCUAUCUCGGACCGAUUUUGUUCACCGGCCUUAUUAUCCUCAUCUUAACUGGUCUAAUCCAGAUGUUCUUCCCGCUCGGCCCAACAUCUACUGCUGUAUAUGGUGGAAUUAGUGCGUUGAUUUUCUGUGGGUACAUAGUAUAUGACACCGACAACCUGAUCAAACGCUUCACAUAUGAUGAUUACAUUUUGGCCUCCGCCACUCUUUAUUUGGACAUCCUGAAUUUGUUCAUUUCCAUUUUACGGGUUCUGAGAUCCGGGGAUAACUAGUUAUACAAUAUUUCUAACAAGGUCGGUCGGAAAGAUUUCAUGGUAUGGCGAUUGAGUUAUUGUCCAAUGAAUAUGAAAAAUAUUACUGUCUAUUAGUAUAUUUGCUAGACUUGGCAAUUACUGUAUUCGUACCGUAUUUGUGUAUUUUCUCAUGUUAUAAUCAUGUUCUAUUUACUUA